UCCUCUCCGGCUUCCCCCCGUCAGGACCCGGCCGCUGCAGCUCACCCGAAACCCACCGUUCCUCCGCGAGCUGGACGCGCUCGUUUCCUCCACGGGGCGACCUGAACACCGGGGCGGCGGCGGGCGGAGACACUUAACGGACCCCGAGAGUCGCGUUGCCGGAAACAUCUCACGGGAGUGAACGAUCCAAGACCCACGAUGGACGCGAGAGACACUGCCCCUGAUUCCUGGGAACAAGAGGCCGACGUGGAGGCCUCGCCGGGCGGGCAGCUGUACUCCGCGCUGCUGGCCCUCAACGUCAACGCCAGGCCCUUCGUGCCCAACGUCAACGCCGCGGAGUUUGUUCCUGUUUUUACCGCGAACGCGCCUUCGAAAAACGAGGAUUCUGCCGUUGUCGUUGAGAAGAUAUCCAGCAUGGAGGCGCCAGAAAGUGCCGCUCCAGUGGUAAACGGGGACUCGGCGCUGACCACAGAGGAUCCGUGGGACCAGAAAGAGGAGGAGCCAACUAGGGAGGAGCCAGGAGGCGAGGACCAGGAACCAUCUAUGGCGACUACAGAGGAGACGGCGGCUCCAGAGAUGAUGAUGGAGGAGGAGGAGGAGGAGGAGGAGACGCCGGCGCCUAAAGGACCAGCGCCGCAGACCCACGCCCCCAAGAAGGAGCACAUCAACGUGGUCUUCAUCGGACACGUCGAUGCUGGUAAAUCUACGAUCGGCGGUCAGAUCAUGUAUCUCACGGGCAUGGUGGACAAGAGAACCUUGGAUAAGUACGAGAGGGAAGCAAAGGAGAAGAACCGGGAAACCUGGUACCUGUCCUGGGCUCUGGACACCAACCAGGAGGAGCGGGACAAGGGCAAGACGGUGGAGGUGGGCCGGGCCUCCUUCGAGACGGAGCAGAGGCACUUCACCAUCCUGGACGCUCCGGGUCACAAGAGCUUCGUGCCCAACAUGAUCGGAGGAGUGUCGCAGGCCGACCUGGCCGUGCUGGUGAUCUCUGCCCGGAAAGGAGAGUUUGAGACGGGCUUUGAGAAGGGAGGCCAGACGAGGGAGCACGCCAUGCUGGCCAAGACCGCCGGAGUCAAGCACCUGAUCGUCCUGGUGAACAAGAUGGACGACCCCACGGUCAACUGGAGCCUGGACAGGUAUGAGGAGUGCAAGGAGAAGCUGGUUCCAUUCCUGAAGAAGGUGGGCUUCAACCCCAAGAAGGACAUUUACUUCAUGCCGUGCUCCGGACUGACGGGGGCCAACCUGAAGGAGCCCACGGACCUGUGCCCCUGGUACACAGGGUUGCCCUUCAUUUCACACCUGGACAGUUUGCCACAUUUCAAGAGGUCGACGGACGGCCCCGUCAGGCUGCCCAUCGUCGACAAGUACAAGGACAUGGGCACUGUGAUUCUGGGCAAACUGGAGUCGGGCUCCAUCUUCAAAACCCAGCAGCUGGUCAUGAUGCCGAACCGGCACGUGGUGGAGCUGCUGAGCCUCCUGUCCGACGACGUGGAGACGGACGACGCCCAGCCGGGAGAGAACCUCAAGCUGCGGCUCAAGGGCAUCGAGGAGGAGGAGAUCCUGCCGGGCUUCAUCCUGUGCAACGCAGAGAACCUCUGCCACACCGGGCGCACCUUCGACGCCCAGAUCGUCAUCAUCGAACACAAGUCCAUCAUCUGUCCCGGGUACAACGCCGUGCUGCACAUCCACACCUGCAUCGAGGAAGUGCAGAUCACAGCCUUAAUCUGCCUGGUGGACAAGAAGACGGGGGACAAGAGUAAGACCCGGCCCCGCUUCGUGAAGCAGGACCAGGUCUGCAUCGCCCGGCUGCGCACCGCAGGGACCAUCUGCCUCGAGACCUUCAAGGACUUCCCCCAGAUGGGCCGCUUCACCCUACGGGACGAAGGUAAGACCAUCGCCAUCGGCAAGGUGCUGAAGCUCGUCGCCGAGCGGGACUGAAGAGGAGCUGCCCGAGUCCUCGUGAGGAGGAAGGGGCGGAGCUCGGCCUUCACGGUUGCCGGCGGUGACGACUUCCUGUCCCGCCUCCUCCCGCUGAAGAGGCUUCAGAAAAGAACUUGUGUGAAAGAACCGUUUUAAAGAAAAUGACAAGUCCACGAGUCGGCUUUCUCAUAUUGAGAGCUCAGCUACGCCAUUUCUGGGUUAGACCUCCUGCUCCUCCUCCUCCUCCUCCUCCUCUCAGCAUUCCAUGAGGGGUUUUUCUUCCACCAUUUUCUCUCAUCAAUGACAAAUGGCAGACUUUCUCUGCAGCGAUGGGACCAGGUCCAACGGAUGAUUCCAGAUAUAAAUCACUAGCGAGGUGAAACCAGCGCGUGGAUCUCGGUGCACAUUUGACCUUUGACCCAGGUUCUGGUUCCUCGUGGCGCUCCGUGUGCCGGAGCGUGUAAACAACUAUGACAAUAAAAUGAUGCAUUUGGAAAACAA